AUGUCUCUACCGACGCUCCAGGGUCUCCCCGCCGAGAUCAGACUACAAAUCUACUCCUUCCUCUUCGCCGAUACCACCGCGUCACGCAAGAAAUUCCUGAAACAGUAUCCGGUCUCCCGCGAUUACCCGACCAACAUCUCCCGAACUUGCAAGCAGUUGCGCGAUGAGAGCGUUCCGGCUUUCUACAGGAAUGUCAAGGUGUGUUUGGAGAUUGGAGAAAAGCUUCCCGACUACGACUUGACGCAUUGUUUUCGGGAGAUUGGAGCGGAUAAUGCUAGACUUCUGAGGAGGUUUGAAUUCAGAUGGUGGGGUUAUGUGGACAUUGGGGUAUGUAUUGCGCGUGGUUCGGGGAGAGCAGCACCGCAGACGCGGACGUCAAGCGUCGGGAGGAUCCUACGCAUGAUGGAGAUUCCCAAUGUGGAAGCUAUGACGGGAAUUAUUGAAGAGCCUGCUUCUGGGACUCGUGCGGGAAGGACGCAUCUGUUGACUGUGAGCGGUAUUCGACGCGAUCUGUGCGAGCAGAGACGGUUGGAAAUUGCGGUCUUUUGCGGGCAUGCCUCGACGGCGCUUUCGAGGCUCUUGGAUGGCAUUUUGGAUGGCGGAAUGCAGCUCUCUACGCAUGACAUUGACCGGUUUUGCAGGGAGGCGCAGGAGGUCUGUUCGGAUCUGUAUUUGGACCAUACGUUUGGCGGGUGA